AUGGAGAAUCAUUCCCUCGCUUCCCACCCUGAUUCCCGCCACUCCUCACCUUACUCUCAAGAAGUCGACAACGAGAAUACAUCGAUGGACGAUCCUUUUUUCACCACAACCACCAACAACAAUCACAAAGUUAAAUUCAUGUGUAGCUACGGUGGAAAUAUCCAAUUUAGGACCCACGAUAAUCAGCUUGCUUAUGUCGGUGGUGAUACCAAGAUCAUGGCCGUUGAUCGCAACGCUAAGCUCUCGGCUAUGACGGCGAAGCUCUCUUCUCUCUGCAAUGCUGAUGUUUUCAUCAAGUACCAACUUCUUAGAGAAGAUCUUGAUGCUUUGAUUUUGGUUACUAACGAUGAGGAUUUAGAGCACAUGUUGAUCGAAUAUGAUCUCUCUCAACGUGAGUCGGUGAAGCCCGCUAGGUUGAGGCUGUUCCUUUUUCCACCAAAACCUUUGGCUCUGACAAGUUUUGAGUCAAACGAUUUAAAAUCAGAGCAGCAGCGGUUUAUAGACGCACUCAAUUUCGUGCACAUUCCACAUGUCAAGGGCACUUCAACUUCUGUGGCUGCAUCGGCUGCGAAUUUAGAUUUUUUGUCUGGAUUGGAUUACAGAUAUUCAAUUGUUCCAGCCACGAAAUUACCUGAUUUUGUUCCUCCUCCUGCGUCUGCCAUUCCGCCUGCAGAGACAAAUGGUUCUCCUAUGGGAACGGAUCGUGGAUCAGAAGAUCGAAACGUCGUUGGAGAACCGACGGAAUCACCAGUUGAGAUCCAGAUACAGAUCGAGGAGUCACAGAGAUUGCAUUGGGAAAAGAAUGACCAAGUCCAACCAACAGGCGAUGAAGACAAUGGCACAGUUAAUAAAUCCAUGGACUAUAACUCUCAGAGAAAUCUGAAGAAACUGAAAGCGCCGCCUGUUCAUAUUGUUCCAGCUCCGGUAUCAAUAGCGAGAUCGGUGACAGUUUAUUUGCCUGAAAGACUCAUGACAAGUGCUGGUUAUUCAUUAGCAGCCCUUGUAACUGUUACUGAUCAGCCGUUGUAUCUCAUUGCAACCCCAGUCAUAAUGUAUCAUGCGACCACUUUGCGAGCCGUGACUGGAACUUCUAGAAUUGGGGCUAACAGUGUCGAAGCUAGUGGAAUAGCACAGCCAAAGGUUGAGGUAGGAGAGCCUACCGGGUACCCACUGAUGGUUUACAAAGAUGCUGGAAGGCAGGUCUUCAUUACGGCUCCAGCAGCUUGGGGUGGGGUAGUGCCUCCACAUCUAGAGGUGGCUACCGGAAGUGAUGGAACACAAGGUGGUGGUGGAACUGCUCUGAGUCAAGAAGGGAAGGUUUCCAAAGCAGAUUUCACUGUUUGA